UUCCUGAUUCGGGAUCGCUCAACUGGAGUGGGACGAUAUCACGUUUAACGAUCUUAUCGCGAGAACUGAGUCUUAAUAAAUUUCCCAGUCCAGCCUCCAGCUCCUGCACUCCCUUCAUCUGUUACGUUGGUUUCGUGAGGUCAAAGCUGAGGUAUACUGAAGAUGGCUGCAGGCAAUGCACACAUUGGAAAACUGGCCCCAGACUUCACAGCCAAAGCGGUGAUGCCAGAUGGACAGUUCAAAGACCUGAAGCUGUCUGACUACAGAGGUAAAUACGUUGUCUUUUUCUUCUAUCCACUGGACUUCACCUUUGUUUGUCCAACUGAGAUCAUUGCAUUCAGUGAUGCUGCUGAGGAGUUCAGGAAGAUUGGCUGUGAAGUCAUCGCUGCCUCAGUUGACUCCCACUUCUCCCAUUUUGCAUGGACCAACACACCACGUAAGCAGGGCGGUCUGGGUACCAUGAAGAUUCCCUUAGUGUCUGAUACACGACGCACAAUCUCCACAGAUUAUGGUGUCCUGAAGGAAGAUGAGGGCAUCGCCUACAGGGGUCUGUUCAUCAUUGAUGACAAGGGCAUUCUGAGGCAGAUCACCAUCAACGAUCUCCCAGUUGGACGGUCUGUUGAAGAGACCUUGCGCUUGGUCCAAGCCUUUCAGUUCACUGAUAAGCACGGAGAAGUCUGCCCAGCUGGCUGGAAACCAGGAAGUGACACCAUUAAACCUGACGUGCAGAAGAGCAAAGACUUCUUCUCCAAGCACUAAUGCAAAGGCCAGAGUCUGCUGAUGGAGAUUUAGAUUACAUUACAGAACAAUAUUCAAGUCAGCUGCUGUGCCUUUGGAGUAGUUAUGUUGUGUUCGUCGUCAUUAUACUGCGUGAAUUCUCUUGUAUUGUAGAGUGACCAAAACACACACACACACACACAUACAGUACAUGUAUUUCUGUCUGAUUGUGUUGUAGCAGUAUAGGUGGUUUUCACCAUGUAUUCGGUGAUGUCUGUUCUUGUUACAUACAAUAGACCUCACAAACAGCCCUCCUGUUUAUUUUUUAUUAAUGGACAAAUGUUGUUUCAUUAAAUAAAAAAAAUUGAAAA